AUGCGCGCCCACAUUUCCCCAUUGUUUCUGUUGCUUUUACCGCAGAAUCUCAUAUUUUCUUCCUUUGCCUUUGCGCCGAAUCCAAUCCUAGUAUCAAACGAGCUCGAACACCUCCUCGUCGACACAGGCGGUGCCAAUGACGGUGGUUUCAAGCGCGCAAUCACACCAUGCACGAACUACGUGGAAGGGAGUCAGCUUCUGGGACGGGAGACAGCGGCGCAAUGGAUUCGAGUGGCCUUUCAUGACUUUGUUACUGCAGACGUAGGUACUGGCGUGGGCGGUUUGGACGCGUCGAUUGGGUUCGAGACGCUUCGUGCCGAGAAUAGUGGAACGGCUAUGAACGACUCGCUCACAUUCUUCGCGCCCUUCGUUAACGCUCAGUGGCGGAUAUGA